AUGCAAUCCUCACCUUCAUUCUUGAAAGUGACCGACGUCAGCUUCGACCCCAAAAAGGACAAACUUGGGUCGGGUUCCUUUGGUACAGUAUAUCGUGGUAUAGUCAUGGGACUUCCUGUUGCUGUUAAAGUUCCCAACAAACAAAAGUUGUCCUACAGUGAGCGUCGAGACUUUCUGAAUGAAAUUGGCGUUUUGAAGAAGGUCUUCCACCCCAAUAUUGUUCUUUUCAUGGGUGCUUGCACUGAAAGCACAAUCAUGAUCGUUUCAGAACUUAUGGCUGCGGACUUAGAUGCACUCCUCUAUCGACCACAAAGUCUUCCCGAGUCUCUUCGGAUCACACUCACACCUGCUAUUAAGUUGAAAUUGUGCAGUGAAAUGGCUCUUGGGGUGAAUUGGCUCCACAGUGCAAUUGGAUUAGUUCAUCGAGACUUAAAACCAGAGAAUUUUAUGGUUGAUCGUUACAUGACAGUGAAAGUCACCGACUUUGGAUUCACAGUCUUCCCUGCAGAUGUUCGUGGCUCUGACUGGAAAGGAACGCCAUACUAUAUUGCCCCAGAAGUGGCUGAUUAUAAUGAAGUGUCGUUUGCUGGGGACGUCUAUGCUUUGUCGUACAUUAUGUGGCAAACGUUCACACAAAAAGAUUUGUACCCCGAGUACGACGACUUCGACAUAUUUGCUGAGGACAUUUUACAGGGCGGGAAACGUCCUGAGAUCGACGACUCUGUCCCAGAGAAAUUUGUCCCGACGAUGAUUAAAAUGUGGGACGGUGACCCCGACAACAGACCAACAGCCAAAGAAGUGUUGGACGAGUUACAGAAAGUAUCUCUGGACAUAUCGCUGAAGUCAGAGAAGGGUAUUGAAUUCUGGAAGAAACAUUUCUUCAAUGCCAAAACCGGUGGUUUGGAGCUUGAAGUUGAAAAGAACGACUUUUUCAAUGAAGUUGCAAAGGAAGUGCAAAUCACAUUGAAGAGUGAAGAGAAGCUCCACAACAUCUUCGAGUCGAAAAAAGUCCUUCCUGAGAAUUUCCAGAAGACGAUCGACUUGUUUGGCAAUUACUUCCAAGACAAGGGUUUGAUGGAAGACCUCAAUGAAAUCUGUACUAAGGACUAUUUCGCGUUCGAUAUUACACGUGAAAUUGCACAAAGCUGGUUGGCUAAUAGAGUCGAUGGGUUCUUUAUCGUAAGACUCUCGUCGAAAUCACCAGAAGCCCCAUUUGUUAUUUCAUACAAUUAUAAGGGGGAGUGCAAACACAAUAGAUUGACGCGUAUCUCUUUCGACGGCGAAGAAAGAUACAAAACAAAAAGCAUCGUCACCGGUAAAUUCGUCACUGGGAAAACAGUGCCGGAAAUCGUCGAAAAGUGCAUUAACGAAAAGAUGAUAUCCGCCGUCUGCCCACUUGAAAAGGCUGCACAAAACGCUUAUUCGUAA